CGUAUUAUUUUAGUUAUGAACAGUCUCCAGUCAGUGGACGUAGUCUUCUUAAGGCUUUCCAAUUAUGUGAUGGAUGUGAUGCUAUUUGCCAUCCUCCCAUGAAUUUUUUUUAUGACAGCGGUUUAGGGAUUCAUGCUCUUCGGAAUAGUACUUUUAUGCCAAGACAUGUGAUGGUUCCGAUGCAUUGGUACCAUGAAUUCAAAGACUGCGAUAAACCGACAAAGGAUUAUUAUCGUGAGUUGACAAAGAUGCUGACAGUAGAUGUAAAUGGAGACAGCAAAGCUGACGUCGUGAUGACAACCUGGAGGGCAGAAGGCUUUCUUAUACAGACAUACAUAAGCAGUGGAAAUGGCUCCUUUCAUUCUGAUAUGCCACAAUAUCAGCAUCUAAUUGAAACAUCCGGCAAUGAAGGAACUCAGUUUUACUAUUUUAUGGCCGCAGUUAAAGAUAACUGGUCUGCUAAUUUCUCUGUGUUUAUGGACGACUUUUCUGGAGAUGGUGUUCCCGAUGUAACGGCCGUAUUGAUCGUUGAUUACAAUAUCGAUAACCGGAGUGGACAUCGUCCUAAAAUAAACGGAAGUCUUGUAUACAUAACAGCGGUGACUGCGAAAGCUUUAGGGGGAUGGCGUUAUGAUGCUGUUCAGUACAGCCGCAUAAUAAACGAAACAAACACAUUUUUAGACGCGGUUUCAGCAGUAAACUGUAUUUCUAUCCUAAUAGACGUUAAUCUAGAUUUUCAACUAGAUUUAGUGAUCACAUGUAGAAACAGCAAUGGAUGGAAAGUCAUGACUGCAAUGGGAGACGGCAUGGGUCGGUUUGAGGAAGGCAAAGAUAAAAUCUCGCAUCUUAGCGCCGUUACUGGUUUGGACAAAGGAAUGCCAUUGCAUUUUCAAGAUGUAACCGGAGAUGGAUCACCCGAUAUAGUUGUUGUUUAUGCAGGCUCUCAUGGUAUUGUGGCUUUUGUGUCUAAGUCCGAAGGCAAUGGUUUGUAUGGACCAUUAGUACAGCAAAUCCUUUACAGUGAUAACGUUGGCUUGGAAGGCAAUCACACAAUUCAAAUGGCCAAUUUAGGUGGAGGUCAUUUGGGACUUCUGGUAUCUAAAAUUGAUAACGCGGGAUGGUCUGUGUGGGUAUCCAAAUGCAAAGGUGAUGGCAAGUUUACUCCUGCUAUUCCAACCACUAUAUCAACGUUGCCUUUUGGCUGGGGAUUGGAGACAGCAAAACAAUUUAUUCUUGACAUAAACGGUGACGCGACCGCAGAUUUAGUAGCAAUGCGUACGCCCGGCAAACAACAAAAUGAUUACUCUCUCUACGUUGCAUACUCUCUAGCUGGAAGUACUGCGUUCAGUGCUGUUGAAAAGAUUAGACUUCCUGCAAGUCUUGUACCUGUUCAUCACCCUAAAGUAAUCGAACCGAUUUUAGUCGAUGUGACCGGUGAUGGUCGUGUCGACUUUGGGUUAUUCUAUUAUCGUCUGUGCAGAGACCAAUCAUAUUUGAACUUUGUGGCGAGUCAGGGAGCCUCUCCUCUAGAUAAAUUGACGAGACUGGAAAAUGGCUUUGGAUCGUGGACGUCGCUUCAGUACGAACCCAUGACCAGUACAUCUGCUUACUCUAAAAAAGUUUUUAACUUUUCCGUCGCUUCGGAUCCGUCCAUCAGUGUGGCAGUAACGCCACGUUACUUACUCCGAUCUAUCGAUCACGACGACGGUUUGGGUGGCACGUCUUCUGUCACGCACUUCUAUGCCGGUUACGCUGAGCACACCCGAGGUUACGGCAGCUUGGGAUUUGCUCAAAUCACCAGCACGCACUCGGAAACGGGAAUACGUCAGAUAACAGAUUUUAGUCAAGAGUUUGUGCAGAGACGUAUAGGGUUGCCUAAGCGAUUGCGCACUUUUUCUCGAAGUGGAGUUUUGCUUGCGGACCAGAACAACACGUGGAGCGUGGUCGACAUUCAACCACAGCCAGGAAAGAGCGACACUAUCCUUUCGUACAGAAUUUGCAAACAGGACCAGAAAACCUACUCAGAAACUGAAGCGGGGCGACCGGUUAGAUCAGAAACGAGAGUAACUGUUUUUGAUAAAUUUGGCAAUCCUAGUAACACAAGCUACACUUCUUCCGACGAGUUCGGUGAGUACAGGAAAGAAACUAACACUACGUAUCGUAAUGAUCAUGAAUUGAGAUGGCUCAUUGGAUUGCCAAAAACAAUUGCACAAAUAUCUAAAGUGCAUUGGAAAACUAACCUUCCGCAAGGUUUUACUAUUGAUAACAAUGAUGGGCAAGGGUUACAAACUGAUUAUAAUGGUGAUCUGUGGAUCACCAGGAAAAGCAGUGCAACGCGGGAAUUUGACAAGGAAACAGGCACUGUCACGUCAGAAACACUGUUUGCCAAUACUCCAUAUCAAGUCGUAACCAAUUCGACUCGUGAUUCACGAGGCAACGUUAUUCGUGUCGAAUCUUUGGCUUUUGGAGAAAGCAAGCCUCAGACAGUGAAUAUGGAGUAUGACACAAGUGGACGAUUUCAAGUGAAGAGUUGUGACGUUAUUGGAUUUUGUCAGUACUGGGCACAUGGAGCAGCAGGUCAAGUUCUAAGAGAGGCAACAGAUAGUGGUGAUAUUAUUAUUCAUCGUUAUGACCCUCUUAUGAGAGAGACACAGGUCAUCUCAUCUCAAGGCCAAGGAGUCAAUACGUCUCUGAUAUACUGUGAUGGUCAACCAGUCACACAAUACAACGGCAAGCCAUUGGUAGAUACGGUUUCGUGCGUUGGAUUUCCUAAUGCUGUUUAUGUCAAAGUAAUUCAGCCUAUCAUUGGUGCACCGUCUUAUCAGUAUUUCGAUCGACAAGGUAGACGCGUGGGUGCAACUCGGACCUUAAAAAAUGAAAGUGUAACUAUUACAGAAUCUACGAAGUACGACAAGUUUGGUAAAGCAGCGGCUACGUCGCUGCCAUACACAGCAGGAGAAUCUGUGACAACACUGCACUAUGGGAAAGAUGAAUUUGGACGAGUUGUCAGUGUGACAAACUCUUUUUCACCCAGUCGUAAUUUGACAAUCGACUAUUCUGGUUCGAACAUAACGUUCAAAGAUCCUCUUGGCAGAAAGCAGACACAUGUUACGAACGCUGCAGAUUUUGUGCUGAUGGUAGUCGGUGAAUUGAAUGAGCGUCUGCGUUAUUGGUAUGAUCCGGACGGUAAUCUUCAUGGAGUUCAAGCUCAUACCAACGACCAUACUACCGUCUGGCUUCUCCGUGUCGCCUACGAUGAAGGUGGACACAAGAAAUCUCUUCUUCAUCCCGACAAAGGAUAUUAUCAAAGUGACCCUAAGCAGCGUAUAAUGUACCAAUACGGACAUGACAGCAGGGGACGUCUCGUUUGGCAAAAAGACGCAAACGGAAACAACGUUACUUUUGAGUGGGAUGAGCGAGGCAGAGCUGUGGCGACACAUAGCGUGGAAGGCAGCCACUACUACGAAUACAGCAAACAAUUUCCAGACAAACUUGUAGCAGAAUACUCUGUUAAUAGUUCCUUUAAUUAUUGCCUAAACUACACGUAUGAUGCAAGAGGAUUGCUUACUCAAGUUGACAAAAAGUUUCUAUUGCUGGAUUCUUCAACUGAAUCUACAAAUGGAUGUUGGUACAAUUCGACGUUCAAAUAUGGUUACGAUUCUACUGGAAGACUGACUCGUAUUGUUUAUCCAACCGGUUUUUCCGUCAUGCUGAUGUAUGAUGAUGACAAUCGAGUCACAAAAAUAUUCGACAUGAUGGGAAGAUGUCAGUGGCAAGCACAUGAGUUUAAUCCGAAUGGUCAGGUAACUAAAGAACAAAGAGGAAAUGGUCUAUUGACGGAGUAUGACUACGAUCAGCUGUCUCACACUUUGCUUUCCAUUCGCACUUAUGGGAAAGAAAGUAACGUGCAGGACAUGAAUUACACACUAGAUUACGCGGAGAAUGUCAUUAGACGAAAAGACAAUAUAAUGGGUUUGCAGGAGAGUUUUGAAUACGAUCAGCUGAACAGGAUUACAAAAGCAACAGUACAAAACAACUCGGACGGUGUUACUCUAUUUUCGCAAAUAUUUAGAUACGACGAGAUCAGCAAUUUGAUCUCCAAAAGUGACAUCGGAAAGCUGAGUUAUGGUUUGAAAGAGCACCUACAUGCAGUCAAACAAGUCAAUCGUGACGGGAAGUCUUCUCCACCGUUUACGUACGAUGCUAACGGCAAUCGAAUUUUUGGUAACGGAACGUACAUCAGCUACAAUUCAAUGAACAAACCAGUAAAUAUAACGCGUGGUCCAUUCACUUCUAUGUUUGACUACACGCUGACAGGGCAAUUGAUGGUUCGUCGUGACAUGGUGAGAUUGUACUCUCCACAAGAAGAUAACGCUUUGCCAAACGUCACUCUGCACACGUACCGCACUACUGUAUAUGUCGACGAUCUCUACCAUGAAGAGACAACGCGAGAUCCGGUACUGAAAUCCUCUACUGUACAGAAACAUUACAUUCAGACGUACGCCGUGAUGGUUCGCGUAAUUGACGGUACCGAAAAGACAGCUAACGAUUCUCAUGGCAACGUUACAGAUAUUCAAAUACCAGGUGAUCAAUUUGUAUAUCCGUACACUGAUAUCAAAGGGUCUCUGUCGCUUGUUACCGAUGUGUUUGGUAAUACAUUACAAGAGUACAGUUUUGAUGUUUGUGGAUCUCCAAGAUCUCCUCGUACCUGGCGACCGCUAAAACGCAGAGAUAAAACAGUUGAAACCUUAGAAUUUUUGUCUCUCGAUGAGGCCAACAAUCUGUUGUCUCCAUAUCAAGGCACAGACCAGCAAGGCUACGAUGGACAUGAGCAGCUGUUAGACAUUGGAGGUGAUCUGGUUCACAUGGGAGGAAGACUGUAUGACAGCUCUCUCUGCAUGUUUACUUCACCAGAUCCAACCAACGACGAUUCGUACAGCCUGGUCGGGUACAACGCGUACGCAUACGGACGGUUCAAUCCGCUGAGUGGAUCUGAUCCCAGCGGAUACGGAUUCUUUUCGUCGAUAGGACACUUUUUUAGCGGCAUUGGUCACUUCGUUGCUCAUAUUGCUGAAGGUGUAGGUAAAUUUAUAGUUCAUAUCGUCGACGACGUGGCAAAGUUUCUUCGAAAAUUUCCAAUUGUUGAUGAUAUAAUUACAAUUGCCAUCGAUGUAAUUGCCACCUUAACGGAACAGUUCUGGAUUGAAUCUGUUUGGACUGUCAUCAACGACAGAAUUCGCGGAUCGAGCUGGGGCGACGCCAUUAUAGACGGCCUCACCAGUAUCGCCACAGACGGUCUCGGUUCAAUCGAAAAGGACGCAACGAGAGCUGAAAAGUUGCUCAUCGAUGCUGCUAAGGCGGGACUGAAAGCCCUCGGUCACGGCGGAAAUAUCUUUGAUGGACUCCUAAUGGGAGUUGUUGGAUCUGUUGCUAGCGACGUAGCUGGCGUGAUCGACAAGGGAGUGUCUAACUUCUUUACGAUUUCAUACAACAAUAUUCCCUACCUCAUGCUCGACAUUCACGGUUUGGCAUCGAAGGCCAUCGAAGGAGCCAUCAACGCAGCAGCAAGAGAUGCUAUCAACGGAAAAUUUGGCGACAUUUUGAAAGACACGUUACAAGGAGCUUGGAACGGAUUCAAAAAUGCCUUUGUGCAGCAGUUGGAUAAAAGAAGCAACGAACACAGCUUACUCCCUUUACUCAACAAGUGGGUUGCUAAACAAGUUCCUCUUAUUAGCAACGUUGCACAAGACUUUGAAAAGGUGACCAAGUUUUUUGGCGGUGUAAGAAAACCCAAUCACUACGCACAAGCAACGAUUGACAUUCGAACGGACGUAGACCGAACAGUUCAAAGUUUUGCCAGACACUUUGCGAAGAGUUUCAACCUUCACACACAUGCAGUUUACUUUCAGGCCCAGGGAAGUGCCGAUUUCUUUUACAUGCACAAGACGCAACUGAUGUAUCUGCAUAUACAAGUAGACGCAGAGGCUACCGAAACUUGGAAGCGGCAUCUCUAAUACCAACAAGGACACAACGUGAAUAUUUAGUGUUUUUAAGUGUGUCUUGGUUUAUAGUUGGAUAUAUAUUAUUGGCGCGCUGUUGCACGUGUAUUGUGUUGCCACCAUUGAUUGCUAUUGCUGGCCAAACAGCUAAAUAUGUUUGUGAUUGCAAUUAAUUUCGCUGUAGCUCAUCUUUUAAUUACGGCUGCAUGAUUUGAUGGACUUCGUCUUUUAGUACGGUACCGUCGCUAAAUGUGUGUUGCAAGCAGCAGUUGUCAAUGGAAUUUUGAGUGAAGAAAUUCA